UACUAUCUCUUCUUGUGUUCAUAUCUAUGUGUCUCAUAGCCGACCUAGUGUAGCGAGCUGGCGUAGCUAGCUUCUAUUCAUAUUUGUGAAGCACUCUCUUCACUAAUUCUUCCGUUGUAUCGAAUAUACAUAAGUCUCGCCCACUAAUUAACUGGAGUAAAACAUAAUUCGUUAAAUCUUCGUGUCAGAUUUAAGUCGUCUCGGUCUAGGGUAGCUUAGCUUGCUAGCAGCUAAGAAAGAGUCGCGUUUGUUAUUAUUAACACAUCGCGACGCAAAGAUCAAGUGUGAUCGUAAAGUGUUGUAAUUAUCAUGUGAAAAUGUGGACAAGAAGGACAACGGAGUACGAGGAGGAACUUGGUGGAACAAAAGAGGAGGACGAGCGACAACGUCAACCGUUGGACGGUGUUUUCAAGAAGCCUCGAAUGGGGUUAUGCACAGCAGACGUCAGUGAAUAUCUUUGUCCUGAACAACUGAAGUCAGAGUCCCCUCACAUUAAAGAGGAAGUGGAGGUAGAAGAGCCCCCCAACAUUAAGGAAGAAGAGGGGUUGGAGCAUAGUGAUGUUAAGGAGGAAGAGGAGCCAGAAUCCCCUCACAUCAAGAGAGAGAAGGAUGAGGAAGAGCACUCUUACUUCAAAGAGGAGGAAGUGCACCCCCACAUCAAACAGGAGGUACCAGAGCUCCUCCACAUCAAACAGGAAGAGGAGGAGGCUAUCACCGAGUUGCCAUUUAUUAGUGUACCUUUGAAGAGUGAAAAUGAAAGUCAACGUGAGGACAAUAGAGUGGCGGCGCCUCCAAGCAGCACCUCAAGUCAACACAUGACAACAGAUGAUGGAGACCACUGUGGACCAUCACAAGCAGACAACCUCAUCGCUCCACUAUCAGAUUGUGACGACACAACGGCAUUCUCUCCGGACACUGAUGAUGAUGAUGAAGAACAGUCAGAAGGUCAUAAUACAGGUCACCGUGACAACAAACGUUGGGAAUGUUCUCUGUGUGGGAAAACUUUAGCUUAUAAAUGGGAUUUGAAACGACACAUGAGAAUACACACUGGAGAGAAACCUUUUGCCUGCACAGUUUGCGGAAAAAGAUUCUCUCAAAGGACCUUUUUGACGACACACACAAGAACACACACUGGUGAAAAACCUUUUGCCUGCUCAGUUUGUGAUAAAAGAUUCGCUCAGAAGGGAAGCUUGAAAGUACAUGCACGAACACACACCGGAGAGAAACCUUUUAUCUGCUCAGUUUGUGGUAAAAGAUUCUCUGAAAAGGGAAAUCUAAGAAUACAUACAAGGACACACUCUGGUAAGAAAUCUUUUGCCUGCCCAGAUUGCGGUCAAAUAUUCUCUGAAAAGCAAAACUUAAGAAUACACAAAAAAAUACACACUUUUGCCUGCUCUGUUUGUGGUAAAAUAUUCUCUCAAAAGCACAACUUAAAAAUACACAUUAGAAUACACACAGGUGAAAAACCUUUUGCCUGCUCAGUUUGUGAUCAAAGAUUUACUCAUAGUCGAAGCUUAAAAACGCACGAAACAACACACACUGGAGAUAAACGGUUUUCAUGCUUAGUUUGUGGUCAAAGAUUCACUCAUGAGAGACAUUUAAGAGCCCACACAAGAACCCACCCUGGUAAAAUACUUUUUGCCUGUUCAGUUUGUGGUCAAAAAUUCCCUUGUAAGGGAAGCGUAAUACAGCACACAAAAACCCACACUGGUGAAUGAAAAACAUUUAGACUGCCCUCUUUGUGAUCAAAGUUCUCCUGAUUAGGGAAGCUUUAAAACAUUUGAAUGCACACUGGGGAGAAACGUUUUUGCUGGUCACUUUGUGGUCAAAUAUUCUUUCAUAAGGAUAACACUAAGAGACACAAGUGUGCUGGUGAGAAUAGCAAUGAUCAAUGAAGCUGGAAAUUAAAUUUCACUGUCCAAUCCAUCCAUUUUAAUAAGUUUAUUUGGGUUUGGGUUGCGGGUCACCAGCCUGAGCAGCGAGUCCAGAUUUCCCUCUCCCCAGCCACUUCAUCCAGUACUUCCGGGGAGAUUCUGAGCUAUUCUCAGGCCAGCCUGAAAAGUCGUCCCAAGGUGUCCAGGUGCCAUUUUUACUAGAUACUCGAGCCACAGCUCGCCUGUUGAUCUCCCGCUCCAGUCUUCCCUCAUUUGUAAAAAAGAUCUGCAGAUACUUGAAGUCCUCCACUUGGGCCAGGAUCUCGUCCCUGGAGGUCACUGCACCUUUUUUUGACUGAGAAUCAUGGCCUCAUAUUUGAAGAUGCGUAUUUUCAUCCCAACUGCUUCAUACUAUUUCAAGAGUUUAUCGUUGCUUGAUAAGAACAAUGGGCCCACAUUGUCUGUGAAAAGCAGAGACAUACUACCAAGGCCACCAUACUGGACAUCCUCAAUUCCUCUGCUGCGCCUAGGAAUUCUGUCCAUAAAGGUAACCAACAGAAUUGAUCACUAAGGGCAGUACUGGUGGAGUCCAGCCCAAAUUGGAAACAAAUCAGACCUAAAGUUGGCAAUGCUGAUACACAUUCAAAUGUCUUCUCCAAGUCCGCAAAGCACAUUUGGACAAGUUGGGUGAACUCCAUGCACCUUCCAGGACCCUGCUGAGGGGUAUGGCUGGUCCACUGUUCCACAACCAGAAAAAAAAAAAAUAAUCAUAAAAAUAUUUAUAUAGAUAUUUCAAGACAUGAAAUGCCGCCGCAAGUCCGGGGAAAUCAUCGAACUGCGGUUUAGACAGUCCUGGGGCCAAGUAUGGACACCCUUAUGGUUGAACAUGAUUUUUAUUAAGGACAGUUCGCAACAAGCACAGAGGUCCAAUAACAGAACACUGCUCCCGUUCUGGACCGUUCCUCCUUAUCAUGCCGCUCCAGGGCUCAAAUUUUGAUGUUUAAUAUUGAAACUAAUUAUGACACUGAUGUUAAAUAACCUACACUAUCUAUCACAAAAUUUCUGUUUAAGUGGUUAGUGUCUAGUUGUCGUUGUAUAGUACUAAAACACUUGUGGUUUGUUCGCUUUUAAAGGUAGUCUUUUCCACGUGAUGAAUCACACUGGAGUUUUAAACAGAUACGCACCGCUGCAAUUUGAUUGGCUGCCUUUAUGAUUGGCUGCCGUUAUGAAUCCCACUAACCUUAACCCGCCCUAACCAUAACAAACCUGAUUGUGUUUAUUUUUUUGCAUAUUUGGAAUUGUCAUCUCGUUACAUCUGCGUAGCCUGACUUUGCUGCGAUGCAGCAGCCACUCAUAUUGCAGCGGGGUGUGUCCACCCUAGAACUCCAGUGGAAUUCAUAAUAAUGCGUCUUUUCCUACUUGAAAACUGUUAACCAUGAUGAAGACUUGCAUGCCGAAAUGUAUCAGAGUUUUUGAAGAUGAAUAAGCCAUUACAAUAAAGGAUUUUUAAUUGUC